AUGAUGUUGUCGGAGUCUGUUCCGUUGACUUUGCCUCCAAACAAAGAGUGUGGAGAACAAGAAAAGGUGUGGAGUGGAGACAGUGAACAUGAAGAAGAGGUAUGGUGUGGUCCUUCAAGCAAAGAUUGUGAUGAGAUAGAAACUAUUGAGGAAACAGAAAAUUGUGAACAUAAAGCUGAAGAACCGAAGGUGGGAAUGACAUUCGACACAUCGGAGGACGCUUAUUUGUAUUACUUAAAAUAUGCAAAAGAAAAUGGGUUUGCUAUUGCGAAAAGAUCAUCGAGAAAGGGAAGAGAUGGAAAUGUGAGGCAUGUAUGGUUUGAAUGUUGUCGUGCUGGAAAAGCAAGGGUGAGAACAAGCAACCCGGUCAAACCACGGCCACAAACAAAAAUUGAGUGUCCAGCUCACAAUAAUGUUGUGAUACACCCGGAUGGAAAGUGGAGGUUAAGCCAUGUUGUUUUGGAGCACAAUCACGAACAGAGCCCGGCAAAGGCAAGGUAUUUCAAGUGCAACAGGGUACUAGAUGAACAUGUAAAAAGAAAACUUGAAUUAAAUGAUCAAGCCGGGAUCAGAGUGUACAAGACUUAUGAUUCACUUCAGAUUGAGGCUGGAGGUCCUGAUAAGCUUCCAUUUCUUAAGAAUGAUUGCCGAAAUCAUUUGGAUAAAGUUCGACGUUUAUGA